AAAUGGAGGAGAAGAAGAAAUCAGGAUUCCUUGGUGGUCUCUUUGGAGGCAAGAAAAAGAACCCCUAUUCCGAUAGAGAACAGAAAUCAGUCGAAGAAUGCAGAGAGCACUUCCUUGACCAAGAAUUUGAGCUUACUGAGAAAAUGCUACAACCAAAUGAUAAAAUCCAUCUUUAUAAACAAGAAGACCUCGAAGAUUCCAUAAAAGAGAUUUAUGAAAAUUUGGUUAUCCUGAGUAAGCAGAUGGAUGAAGUCCUGGACUACACCUCACAUCUGCCUAACUUCCGUUACAAAUGAAAGGUGUUUAUCCAAAUGAGUGGUGAGAUAGACAAAAUCACAAUGGUUAUCUUACAAAACUUGAAAUCUAAAGGGAAUCUCUCAGACAUCACAGAAUUUGAGGAUCUGUCAGAAAGAGUCAAAGAAAGCAUCUCUCAACUCCAAGAAGAGCUUGGGGAGAUCAAGGAAGAAGAUAUAAAAUCAGUACAUCUAUUCAAUGAGCUCUCUUCCACCUCCUUCAAACUCAGCGACUCAGAAAUUAAGAAGAUUCUUGAAGAGAACAAGAACGAAGACGAUCCUGAUGAAGAAGAGAAAAUAGAAGUUGACUCUGAAGAUGAAGCUGAUCCUCUAUCUAUGAAGGAAGUAGAUGAAGCCAUCUUCUCCAGAGUCGAUGAUUUGGUCCGUGACUGAGACAAUAUCACUAAGCAGAAGAGGAAAAGAGACGAGAAGUUAUUCAAAAGCAUCAGCAAAGGCGAGAAAGAGGUCUGUAUCCCAGCAGUUACAAUGUGAUAUAAGAAUUUUUGCAAAAUGCUGAAAAAGAUCACAGAUUCCCUUGAUAAAGCUGUAGAUACCAAAAAGAAUGAAUAUUUAAGAGAGUUCGUCUCUUAUGCUUCGAAAAUGCCCCUUGUAGGGGAUAUCCUCUUUGGGGCCCUGACUGAGGACUCAGAUUGUAUUUAUUACAAAGACCUUGAUGAUGAGGACUGGGACUUACUUUUUAGUGCUUAUGACUAUGAAAAGCCAUCAAAACUUAAGAAUUUCAUGAGUCAAUACCAUAGAAUCUGAGAGUUCAUGGCCUACCUCAGUGCAGUCAUUGGUAGAGAAGACUACAGUAAGGGAAAUCCCAUAUUCAAUCUUAUCAAGAGUGCUAAAUGGGCUGCUUAUUAUGCUUUAUUUAAAAAGAAGAGAAACCAGCAAUUCAAUCUCUUUAUGAGUAACCCUGAUGUAGAUGCUGCUUUGAAGGUGUAUAACCUUCAAGAUACACUUUUUUUGCAGGAUGCAAUGAAGUAUAUCCUUCCUCAAGUGAAACUUCACAAGGUGAUCUAUGUUCCAAUGUUGUUAGAACCUUUGAGCCUCCCGUUCUUAUCAAAAAUGAUGAAGAACUAUGAGAAGGGAGGCAGAGCUAAGGAGAAGAACUUUCCAGUCGCCACUUCAGACCUUGAUACCAAUUUUGAAAGAUUUAGUGGGGAAAAAUAUGAUUCAUCAAAAUAUGUUAAAGUGAGGAUCUUCUCCAAUACCAAGUUCCCAGUUAAUUGGGAUGAAAAAUAUGUUCUUACUACUGAUGAAACUAAUGAAAGAGGGACGGCAUCUGGGACAUUUAAUCAUAUUGUAAAAGACACGAAAAAGAAGGUUAAAACAGUCAGUUGUGGUUGUUGAGGGCUCUGGAAGUCUAACACCAGAAGAAACACAAUUCCAAGAAAAAGUACCAGAGAUAAGCUUCAAAUUAUUGAAAUACCGGCUAUAGUUAUUCAUAUUCAUGGAGGUGGGUUCGUCUCAAUGUCCUCACAAUCCCAUCAAGCUUAUACAAGACAAUGGACUGUUGAUACUGGAAUACCAAUAUUCUCGAUUGAUUACCGAUUAGCUCCAGAGGAUCCUUAUCCUGCGGCUCUAAAUGAUGUAUGGCAGGUAUAUUAUUGGGUUGUCACUUAUUGAAAAUCUAAAUUAGGAAUCUCUCCAGCUAAAGUUUUUGUUACAGGAGAUUCGGCAGGUGGAAAUCUUACUUAUACUCUGACAAACCUUGCUAUCGCGAGCGGUUUUAGAGUCCCGGACAUGAUAAUGCCUCAAUAUCCAGCAAUGGUCAUGGGCACAACUAUGUUUUCUCCAUCUCUCCUAUUAGCAGUUGAUGAUUUUAUUCUCCCUGCAGGAUUUCUUCUUCUUUGUAUCAAGUCAUACGUAGAAGACGCAGAUCCAGAGCAUGAUCCAUUUCUAUCUCCAGCUGUUACUCCUGAUUAUAUCAUUGAUAAAUAUCCAGCAGUAAGACUCAUGAUAGCAGGAAAUGAUCCUCUUAGAGAUGAGUCUUAUAAAUACGUCCUCAGAAUGCUCAAGAGAAAGGUUGAUGUGAAGAUGCAUGAAUACCAGAUGUUCCCACAUGCCUUCCUCAAUUUUGACGCUCCGCUUGUAGGCAUUGGAGAAUGAGAGUAUCCCAUCAAAAGAUGAUCUGCUUGGCUACAAGAAUUUGCCAAUAAAGCUUAUAUGUAA